CUGUCUAGAUCUUCUAUUGCCAGUACCUUCCAAUGUUUAGGGAUUUGCAAUGUCUUUAGUGCUCAGGGCUUCUAAUAUCCAUGAGUUCCAACAUUCAGGGCCCCCAAUGUCUCCAAAAUUCCAGAAUAAUAAAAUAUCCUCAAAACCAAAGGCUUCCAAUGUCUCCAACACCCUGUGCUUCAAAUGUCUCCAAUGUCCAGGGUUUCCAAUGGCGCCAGUGUCAAGGUCUUCCAACAACUCCAGGUCUUCCAGUAACUCCAGGUCUUCCAGUAACUCCAGGUCUUCCAACAACAUCAAGGUCUUCCAGCUAAUCCCAGUCUUCCAGAGAAUCCACGUCUUCCAGACAAUCCACGUCUUCCAGAUAAACCACGUCUUCCAGACAAUCCACACCUUCCAGUUAAUCCAGUCUUCCAGCAAUUACAGGUCUUCCACAAAAUCCAUAUCUUCCAGGAAAACCCACGUCUUCCAGAAAAAUCAGUGUCUUCCAAUGAUUUCAAGGUCUUCCACACAAUCCACAUCUUCCAGAAAAAUCUAGGUCUUCUAACCAAUAUAUGACUUCCACCAAAUCAAAGUCUUCCAAUAAAACUACGUCUUCCAGAAAAUUCAUGUCUUCCACUUACUCUUGAUCUUCCACAAAGAUCUACGUCUUCCAGUAACCUCCAGGUCUUCCAGCUAACCUACAUCUUCCAAAUAGUCAAGAUCUUCCGGACAAUUCGGGUCGUCCUGAAAAUCCAUGUCUUCCAGAAAAGCCAUGGCUUCCAGGAAAUCAAUAUCUUCCAAUCAGUUCCAGGUCUUCCAGGCUAUCCACGUCUUCCAUCAAAUCCAUGGCUUCCAAGAAAAUCCAUGGCUUCCAGCAAACCCUGGUCUUCCAACAAAGCUGCAUCUUCCAUCAAAUUUAUAGCUUCCAGCAUACCCACGUCUUCCAACAGUGACGUCUUCCAACAAAGUGACGUCUUCCAGAAAAUUCAUGUCUUCCGGAAUUUCAUGUCUUCCUACACCUCCAGGUCUUCCGGCAUCUCCAGGGCUUCCAGCAUUUCCACGUCUGCCAGCAUCACCAUGUCUGCCAGCAUCUCCACGUCUGCCAGCAUCUCCACGUCUGCCAGCAACUCCAUGUCUUCCAGUAUUACCAUGUCUUCCGAAAACUACCCAGUUUUCCAACAAUGGGCUCAAAAUCCACGUCUUCUGUCUCCAGUGUACCGGUCUGCUAACAUUCAGGUCUUCCGGUGUCUCCGAUAUCCAGAAUCCACCAGCUUCAAAUAUCACUGACCUCUUGGAUUCCUAUUACUAACUUGUGACUGACUAAUGGUGACUACAACUCCUUAACGCCCAGCAUGCUGAUCUAGAGAACUAACUACUUGGUUUUCUAAGCCUCAGCUCCUAUACCUUCUGAUUGGCAUUAUAAGCAUUAAAGCCACAUAAUGGAAUUUUGAUUAAGCGAGAAAUUUCUAAAGAUUUAGAAUUAUCUACAUGAUAAUACAAAUUAAUAAUAAAAAUAAAAUACCUUACAAAUGUCUAAUGAUUUAGUGUACAAAGUGUUGUCACUUCAUUCAUUCAUUCACACAUUCAUCAAUUUGUUCAACAAAUAUUUAUUAUCAACUGUGUACUAUGGCAUAUUUUGAUGAAACAUAAAAUCAUCUGGGGGACAGGCAAUGUUCAAAUAUUUGAACAAAAUUUUUUUAAGUUUCCUAAGGUCAUGAAGGAAAAGUAAUAUAGGGUGCUGUGAGAGUCUGGAAAGUUAACGAAAAUAUUCCUGAGAAAGUAAUUUUUAUGGUGACCAAAGGAUCUAUAUUCUCAUUUGAUUAUCACAAUAACCUUGUGACUUAGAUAAGAUGUAUGUUUUUAUGUCAGCUUUUACCUAAUCAGAGGUUAAGAAGCAAAUACUAAAUAUGGGCAUGGAAUCCAUGCAUUUUGACUUUUCCCCCUAUUAUUCCAUGCUGCCAUAAUAUAUAAGUGCAGUUUUGACAAUAGAUAUCAAGAGACAUAAAAAUGUUUUAUACUUUUUGACUUAGUAUUUUCAUUUCAAUGAAUCUACUCAAGGGAAAUAUCUGAAAUGUGGAUAGCUCAUUCACAGAGAUAUUCCUCACAUAGUUAUCUGGUAUAGUUAAAAACAGAAUAACCUACAGGUCUAAUUUUAAGAGCAUAAUUAAGUAAAUGUGCUAUUUUCAUAUGAUGGAUAUCAUUCCAUUAAAAAUUUAUGGUCUAUUUAAAUUAUAUAUUACUAGAGGCUCAGUGCACGAAUUUGUACACCAGUGGGGUCCCUUGGCUUG